AUGGCCCAUGCCCCUCUGCUUCGAAAUAACACCGCUCCGGUCUUCCACCCCAACCAGAGCGGCGUCGGCGUACUUCCACACAACAACAUGAGCAGCGUGUCCCGCGGCAGCCAGCUGUCGGGUUCGACGGCGUACACAACUUCAUCAACGUCGCUGAGCUCACUGGGCAGUGCGGCAACGAUAGUUCCAGGGCACAAUGGCGGACCUGUCGUGGCCACGGCCAACAUCAUCAAUCAGAAGGCGGAUGCCUCGCGAUCGCUCUACCAGAUCUGUGUGUCGCUCAAACAACGAUUACGUCAAGUGCCCGAUUUUGGACCGUUCCUCGAGCAGCUCGACCCUACCGAUCCUGUCGACCCCCUGUGGAAUCUGUUUCGCUCUGGCUACCCCCUCCUUUCAAUCUACAACUCCCUGCAGCCCACGGAACCACUCAAGGUGGAGGACCCGAAUGCCUCGGAAGCGAAGAAAUCCAAGAUUGCCAUUUUCAAGUUUGUACAAGCGUGCAUGAAGGAAUUGCAAGUCCCCCCGGCCCAGAGUUUUGUCAUUACGGACUUGAUGGGAAACGACACUAGCGGUUUUGUCAAGGUCACGCAGGUCGUCAACUACGUGCUUGAUCUGGCAGAGCAACGUGGCCUACUGCUGCAGCUUCAAGCGUUUCCCGACGAGGAGCCCGCCGUCGCAACUGGAGGCUCGCAAAUGAGCUACAGGGACCACAUUGUCAAGGAGUUGGUUGAUACUGAGCGAAAAUACGUCCAGGACUUGGAAAACCUGCACGAUCUGAAAAAGACUUUGGAACAAAAGGGACUCAUUCCAGGAGAUGUUGUGCAUCAAAUCUUUCUCAACAUCAACGCGAUUCUUGAUUUUCAGCGACGAUUCCUCAUUCGAGUCGAGACCACAAACUCCUUGCCCAAGGCCGUCCAGCGAUGGGGCGCCCCGUUUUGUUUCUACGAAGACGCCUUUGACAUCUACCAGCCCUUUAUUGCCAAUCAGCGCAAGGCUGCCCAGAUCGCGAAUCAAGUCUUCGAGAAGAUCCAACAAUCAGAGCACCCUGUCGCCACCGACUUCAACACAUUGGACGGGUUUCUACUAAAGCCGAUGCAGCGGUUAGUGAAAUAUCCCUUGUUGCUCAAAGACCUCGCCAAAAAGUCGGAGGAUGAGGAGGUCAAGGACGAUCUCAACGCCGGAUGCGACGCUGCAGAACGGGUCCUACUCAAAGCCAACGAAGCCGUGAACCGCGAUCUUCUUGAUGAAGCCCUGGAGGAACUCAUCACUCGAGUAGACGAUUGGAAGUCUCAUAAGGUGGAAUCAUUCGGCAAGCUACUCCUGCACGGUGUGUAUGGUGUCAUUACUGGAAAGAGCGAUCAAGAGAAGGACUACGAAAUUUACCUGUUCGAGUGCAUUCUGUUGUGUUGCAAGGAGGCCUCCGGCAAGAAGGACAAGACGCGAUCAACGGGCCCCAAACUUAGGAGUAGGAACGCAAAGCUGCAGUUAAAGGGCAGGAUUUUCAUGACUAAUGUGACUGACAUCGUAUCCCUUUCAAAACCGGGCUCUCACAGCGUUCAGAUUUGGUGGAAGGGUGACCCUGGUGUCGAGAAUUUCACGAUCAAGUUCCUUAAUGAGGAGACAAUGAGGAAAUGGGCGGGGGGACUAGAGUCGCAAAGGAAGCAAAAUGCGCCGCGGCUCUCCACCAGCCAAGAAUCCACCAACAAUGAUUUUGCUUGGACCCGAGACCAAGCUGGCGGCCUUGAGAACCCCUAUCUGCAGCAAGACGAGGAAGAGGACGAAGACUAUGGGCCGGCAACGGCGCCGGCACAGUUCCCAAUGCCUUCGUCGAUGGGCAACGCCGUGCCUCGCACCGCUUCCAGUUCCAGUCUGAGACAACGCUCUGCCACGGGGGAGAGCACCCAAUCCCUUGCAGGACUCGCAAGAGCUCCGCCGCCGCGUUUUCCACUGCCUAUGCCGCCCGCUCCCCUUAGCCUACAGACCCAAAGCAAUGGCGCCCAGUCUCCCGGUUCCAGGGGAGGGGACAGCUACUUUUCCCCGGUUGCCGAGUCUCCAGCUUCGUCUCGCACCAGCACAACGAGCGGCAUCUUCCCCGGGCCUGCUUAUCAGUUUCCUCCCAAGGCUGGCACACCACAGGCCGUCUGGGACGACCCGCGCUACGCUGCCUCCAUGCCACGGGCUCCGUCGCGAGAUGGCGCCUCCCCCAAUCCAACGGGCAUGGGAAGCAGAAGCGCCCGCGGACCGUCUCUGCCUGCAAUGGCCACCCACAGUCAAACUGCCGCUCAGCAACAGAGAAGUAGGUCCUACAGCACGCCAGAUGUGAACGUUUCAGGUAUCCCUCGACAGCGGCAACCGAGCCAGAGCAAUAUUCCAGCGGUACCCGGCAUCCCUCAGCAUUUGCACCCAGUCCAUGACGGCAACGUCGCUCGAUCACAGACAGGCUCGCCUCGCAACGACUUACCCAUCCGAACCAGCACACAGAGCCCCGGAGCCCAACGUGAGCGGAUGCACCAGCACUCAGGCAGCCUCGGGGGUGCCAUGUGCCAUUUCCCUCCGCAACAGGCCUACCCACGCGGAAACACACCCACGGGCAUCAACGGGCUGCGGGUCGACCCCGUCAGUGCCAACUCCCGCAACGUGUCUCCGUCACUCGGUACGGGGACGCUCCCUCCGACCAACAUGCCGGUGCCCAGCCCAGAUUUGCCCAUGCCCACGCAGUUGAAGGUCAGAGUCAACUGUGACAGCGGAAACUAUGUGACGCUUGUGGUUGCAUUCAACAUAACCUAUCAAUCCUUGAUUGAUAGGAUUGAUGCUAAACUCGCCCGUUUCAUGACGAGCAGCAUUGGCAAGGGCAUGCUCAAGCUCCGGUAUCGUGAUGAAGACGGCGACUUUGUCACCAUUGAAAGCGACGACGACAUUCAGAUUGCCUUUAUGGAGUGGCGUGAGGGGGUUCGAAACAUGUAUUCCGGUGGUGUUGGAGAGAUAGAGCUCUUCUGCGUCGGAGAAGGCCAAUGA